CGUUGCUUAACGUUAACGAAACCAGAACGAAACGAGAAUCCGGCUGGCCGGCUACUACUGUUAGUGCUUGCAUACAUCAAUUUAUUAUUUUGACGUUAUUUAAUUUUGUAGCCUAGCUUCCUUUACACCGUAUACCAUCAACAUGAGUAAAGCUCAUCCUCCAGAAUUGAAAAAAUUCAUGGACAAGAAGUUGUCACUAAAGCUGAAUGCCGGCAGACAUGUGCAAGGAAUUCUACGUGGUUUUGAUCCUUUCAUGAAUGUCGUACUGGAUGAAACAGUAGAAAUAAAGAAUAAUGAACAAAAUAACAUUGGCAUGGUGGUAAUCCGUGGGAAUUCCAUUGUCAUGGUUGAAUCGAUGGAUAGACUCUAGGUUAAAUUUGUAUGAUGUAUUGAAACCAUGUAAAAUGUGAUCUCGAUGUUUGUGUUUUGACUCAGAUUAAACUUGAUUCUUAACUUAAGUUUUUUACAAUAAAGACUUUGUAAUAA